AUGCCGACGCCGGUGCCCGCCGCGCGGCAGUGUCUUGCCCCGGCCGCCGUCACGGCCCUCGACGCCGUCGUCACCUCCGCGCGCCGUCGGGCGCACGCGCAGACCACCUCGCUCCACCUCAUCGCCUCGCUACUCGCGCCAACCGCCGCGCCGCUGCUCCACGACGCGCUUGUCCGCGCUCGCAGCGCCGCCUACUCGCCGCGCAAUCGACGCCCACCAAGCCCACAACCAUUUGAGGGAGACAGAUGCGAUAGAGGGGGAGGGAUGGAGAGAAGAACAAGACUCACCUGCGGGUGGAUGAGGGGCGGCAAAGACAGCGACAGACGAGGGCGGAGUACGAACAACUACGGCAAGGGAGGGAGAAGUCGAGAGCAGUGCCUCGAGGCGUGCGGAGCAGGGAGAACCGGGCAGCUGCCACAGCCGGCUGCACGCGGCCGCCGCCACCGCGGACAAAGCCGCCGCCGCUGCCGCCGCCGCCGGCAAGGCCACGCCCACCAUCAACAUCAACGAGAACAGCCGGUCCCAAACCUGAAAUGA